GUUUCAUCACCAAUUAUUUUGAAAAAUGAGUGAUCCUCCAAGUUAUGACCAUGACCUACUGAAUCGGCUCAAUGCUUUGAAGAAAUCCAAUAUUCAGCUCGACGCAUCCCCUCGUCCACCACUAAACGUUUUUGCAAAAGAGUCGACCCCCGAAACAGACUUGUCUGAGAGACUGCGUAGCCUACGAAAUGGUACACCAUCAAGAUCUGGCACCACUGAAGCACCUGCGCCCGCUAGCACCACAUCGCCUCCACAACAAUCCGGUUUCUACAGCCAAGCCACCACAAGUGAUGCCGUUCCCAUAUUUUCAGAUGAUAUCCACGAGGAUAAGUCUUUGGACGAACUUUUAGCAGAAUUGGGAUCUGGAUCUGAGUGGUUGAAUCCUGAUGAUCCGAAUGAUAUUCAAAAACUUCUUGAUGAAGCUAAGAAAGCUUUACCAGAUGGUGAGAAUGUCGCUUUAGAGGAAGAGACGUCAAAGGGUGCUUCUGAGGAGAACGUUCGGAAGCAAAAUAUCCUGACAAGUGGUCUUGAUAUGUCUGUGUUUGCCAUAGAUGACGAUGAGGACGGGGAAUCCAGAAAUAAACAGAUCGAGGGCUUAGAGGGCGAAUCACGUGAAGUGCAGGAUAUUGUUGCCAGGCUAUUGGACGAGGUAAACCUAGAGAGAGGAGCCGGGGAUGAACACGAAGAAGAGGAGUCUCAAGGGGCUAAUGCCACGAACGCGGAUGCGGGAGGGAAAUUCUCAUCUUUCCCCCGAUACAAGCAGGAUGAUAGCGAAGAACCCAAUCUCACACUCCCAUCCGCACCCUCCACACUCCCGGAACCGAGCAGGACAUCGAUCGAUUUCGAAGACGAUAUUACUGCGAGAUUAGCUGCGUUAAAGGGUCUUGGUUCUACUCUUGUCAAUGAUCUUGGGUUACCUUCUGCACCCACUACCAAACCGGUUGAUAAGACGGCAAAAGAGACAAAGGGAAAAGGAUUAAAGAAAUACACGGAUGAGGAAAUGGAUACGUGGUGUAUUAUUUGUCAAGACGAUGCGACGAUUAAAUGUGUAGGCUGUGAGGGAGACUUGUAUUGUGCGAGAUGUUGGAAGGAGGGACACAUGGGGGUUGAUGCCGGGUGGGAGUUUAAGAGACAUCAGUGGCGGAAAUGGGAACGUUCUGAUUAGUUGGCUAGGGUUUAGAGAGGAGCAAGAAUGACAGAUGAAAUUUCUUCAGUUGUGCUAUUUGUACUCUGCUUUGAUGGUGAGGGAUACAUGUCAUUUCUGAAUUUGAGAGGAGUUGCUAGUGGUCCAGUGAUGGCGCUCGAAUGACUAUCCCAGGAACUCACAUGAUCAUUUGAUUGACAAACCUCAAUUGAGAGACCAACAAACGCAGUAUGAGCCAUCGCCCAAAGUUAUAACAUACAAUGCAUAUUCUCAUCUCAUACCGACUGAUCAAAGUCAAUAUGUUGCGUUUUAGCUGCA